ACAGGUAAAAGCACGUGUGGUUUAUUAGCAAGUGGACAGAAGUGCAUCCACAAAUUGUCAGUGAUGGGAAAAAAGAAAGCCAAGAAUGAUAACGGAACAAAAGACAAAGAUCGAGAUGUUGUUGACGAACAAAAAAAGAAAAAUUAUUCUUUACCAGUCGGUCCUGGAGUAGAUGAAGAUCAACUCCCAAAGGUAUCUAUUCCUAAGGACAAGGAAGCAGCUAUCCUUGAUGUGAUCCAAGAAAGUAAAGCACAACAUAAAAUUCUAGGACUUGUUUCUAACAGACUAACUGCUAAAAAAUUAACUGACAUGUACAACAGUUUAUCUGGAGCUGGUUUCAGUCAUGAUCAGAUAGACAAGGCUCUGACUAACACUGUCAUCUAUGGAGGAGACUUGAUUGAUGCCCUGGACUGGCUCUGCUUAUAUACUCCUAAUGACAAACUACCAACAGGCUUCUCUCAGACAUUUACUGAAGCAGAGGCAAAGGUGAGGCCUAAGUUUGUGGAAACUGUGGCUGAGGAGGCCCAGAGUAGUUCCAGCAAAGUGCAAGAGAAUGCCACUCCAGAGGUGCUGGAAUCUAAAGACAAAACUGCAAAGGAUCAAAGUAAAGAAACAGAUAUGAAGUCUUGGAUACUUCAGUACAUGGAGGAAGAGUCAGAUGAUGAAGAAGAUUUUGAUGGGGGUGGAAAUGUGAAAGAAGAAGACAUAGACCCAAAUGAGCAGUAUCUCCUAGCUACUGCCAAGCUGAUGGAUGCCAAGGAGGAAGCUAGUCAAGCCAAGCAGCAUGGAGACAAGAAAACACAGAUGGCAGCCUCAGCCAAAAUUAGACAAUACUUACAAGAGAUCUCUGUCCUAGAAAAGCAUCCAAAUUUUAACCCAGCUGUAAGUAUCAAAGGGGUCAAAGAGGAGGUCAAAUCGGAAGAACUGCUGCCUCAAAAAGAACCUGCAAAAGAUGUAGAAGAAGAAGGGCUUGGUUUUGCACUAUUUGAGCAGGCUGCUGAAAAAGAUGAAAAGCCUUCUCCUACCAAAGUACCAUCAAGAAAAGAUUUGGAUAUCAGAACUUUUGAAUAUACCAGAAAACAGUGGACAGGGAAGUCUCCCAAACAGUUCCUGAUUGACUGGUGUAGGAAAAACUUACCCAAAAGUAAACCACCUUCAUUCCACAGAAUAGAUGUGAGGUCAAACUUGUUUAGGUGCAGGGCAAAAAUUCAGCGCAGUAAAGAUGAUUUCUUGGAAGUUUGCUCAGAUAUUGUGUGUGAGAAUGUAAAGGAGGCAGAACAUGUGGCUGCAACUUUAGCUUUGUACCACCUGUGUAAAGGACAGAGAGUGUACCAGCUGCUGCCGCCACCAUACAGAGAUGUGUGGAUGGAGUGGCAGGACGCAGAGACCAAACAACAUCAAGAGCGUAAAGAAGAAGCCAAUAAACCAAGAGAUCAGCUAGUCACAAGAUUGUUGAAGAAACUCAAGUUGGAUGCUGACAGCAGCACACCAUCCCUGACAAAGGAAGAAGAGCAGACGGUGGAUGCUAGUGAAGGAUCAUGGGAAGAUCUGGCUGAUGAUUGGGAAAUGACUGAGCCAGAUUUACCUACACAGACAAAACCACACCAGCAAAAGAAAAAGUAUCUGUCUGAACACAUGAAGAGGGAAUUUCUAGAGAGAACUAAGAAAUCAAACUAUCAGAAGCUUCUUGAGAGCAGAACCCAGUUACCAGUCUUUCAGGAGCGAGGAGCCAUUGUUGAUGUCAUCUGUAGAAAUCAAGUUGUUGUGAUUGCUGGAGAAACUGGUAGUGGGAAAAGUACACAGAUACCACAGUUUAUUCUUGAGGAAUAUCUAAGACGUGACAGUAUAGAAAGUUGCAAUGUAAUUGUCACUGAGCCACGCAGGAUCUCUACAAUCAGCCUGGCCAACAGAGUGUCAGAAGAGCUUGGAGAGGGGGCGCCAGGUAGCAAGACAAGCCUCUGUGGCUACCAGAUCAGGUUUGAGUCCAGGAUAUGUGACACUACCAGGCUUGUCUACUGUACCACUGGGGUGCUACUGAGGAAGAUGCAGCAGGAUGCCACUUUACAGGAUGUUACUCAUAUUGUAGUAGAUGAGGUUCAUGAACGUAGCAUGCAGUCAGAUUUCCUGUUGGUAAUACUGAAGAAGCUGUUGGUUCUGAGGCCUGACCUGAAGGUGAUUCUGAUGAGUGCAACUGUGGACAGCCACAAGUUCUCCUCUUACUUCCAGCACUGCCCUGUGCUGCACAUACCUGGGAGAACUUUCCCUGUAGAGGUGCUUUAUUUGGAAGAUGUCAUAGAAAAAAGUGGUUAUGUUUUAGAAGAAGAUUCCAAAUAUGCCCUAAAGAAUCAAGAAAAUGAGGAACAUGCUGUAUUGUCUGUGACGGAACAUGGAGGAAAUACUUCCAAAAUGGAUGUUUACUGGACAAAAGAUGAUCCUUCUGCUGGGGAUGUGAGUGGCCUUGACCCCAGUGUCUAUAGUUUGAAGACAAGAAAAGCAGUUUCACUAAUGAAUCCUGAGAGAAUUAAUAUGGAGCUGAUUGUGGAUCUGAUCCAUUUUGUGGAAAGUUCUGCAGAUUUCUGUGGUCUUGAUGGUGCUGUACUGAUCUUCCUGCCUGGACUGCUGGACAUCCAGGAGUGUUAUGACAGCCUCAUGACAGACAAGACAUUUUCUGAUGAAAGCAGAUACUGGAUUGUCCCCCUUCACUCUGUCUUGACAUCUAAAGAUCAAAGUAAGGCAUUCAGUAUCCCUCCCAAGGGGAUCAGAAAGGUAGUCAUAGCAACCAAUAUUGCUGAGACUGGCAUCACUAUUCCAGAUGUGGUUUUUGUCAUUGAUUCUGGAAAAGUGAAGGAAAACAGGUACAUAGAGAGCAAACAGAUGAGCAGCCUGGAGGAGGUAUAUAUCAGCCAGGCCAGUGCCAAGCAGAGACAGGGAAGAGCUGGCAGAGUGAGACCAGGGGUGUGCUUUAGGCUCUUCACUAGACACAAGUAUGACUCAAUGAAGUCCUACUCUACCCCAGAAAUAUUGAGAGUUCCUUUGGAAGAACUUUGCCUCCAUAUCCUGAAAACUGAACAAGGAGAUCCCACCACUUUCUUAUCCCAAGCCCUGGACCCCCCUAAGGCACAAUCUGUGACCAAGGCCAUGUGCUUACUGAGGGAGGUAGGGGCUUGCACUGGUCAGCCUGCUGCACUGACCCCUCUUGGUCACCAUUUGGCAACACUGCCAGUCAGUGUGAGAAUAGGGAAGAUGUUACUUUAUGGUGCUAUGCUUGGCUGCCUAGAGCCCAUUUCUGUGAUAGCUGCAGCUCUGACCAGCAAGCCUCCCUUUGUUGCUCCAUUUAACCAGAGAGAACAAGCCAAUCUGGCCAAGCAGGCUCUGGCUGUAGCUGCCUCUGACCAUCUCACUAUAUGCAAGGCUUACUAUGGUUGGAAAGAUGCCCAGACACGAGGAAGACAAGCUGAAAGUUCAUACUGCCAGAAACACUAUCUGAAGAGGCAAUCAUUGAUUGAGAUGGAGAAUGUAAAAGAAGACUUGACUAAACUUAUCCAAAAAAUAGGAUUUGACAAGGAAAGAGUAACACAGGUCACUUCUCAAGUUAACACUUCAAAAGCAAAAAAAGAUGAAGUUUUAGAGAUCAGUAAAACACCAAGCAGUGAUGCUUCCUAUAGUUUCAAUAUGAAGCAGAUUUCAUUAGUAAAGGCAGUGUUGGCAGCAGGACUGUACCCCAAUGUGGCGCAGAUCAGUUAUGAACCGCCUGUAGAUGCUGUGGCUAAUCCAUCUAGAACUGUGUGUACUGGAACAACACCACAGGGAACACUACAUGCACAUCCUAGUUCUGUAAAUAGAUUUCUAGAAGCUAAUGGCUGGCUGGUGUACCAUGAAAAGGUCAAGUUGUCGAAGGUCUACAUGCGGGACAGCACGCUAAUUACCCCAUACCCUAUUUUGUUGUUUGGAGGAGACAUUACAGUACAGCAUACACAACAGCUCAUCACUGUGGAAGACUGGAUACAGUUUAAGUCUUUUGCCAAGACGGCUGUGAUAUUCAAGGAACUGAGGACACUGAUUGAUACUCUGCUCAAAGAUAAAUUAGAAAACCCAGGCUUGGAUUUUAAAGACAACCCUGCCAUUUCUAUUUUGAUUGAUUUGAUUACCUCGGAGAGAUUCAAGUCCUAACAACACUGUCAGUGAGGUGGUUUGGGGCAAAU